UGAAGCUCUGUGAAAAAUCUCUGGACGUGAAUGACUUUUGAAUUACGAGUGGAGGGCUCCGAAGACUCACCCCCACCCCUUUCAGUCUUGCGUGGAUAGAAGGAUGGACUUACCUUACAUAACUACAACUUACCUUCACAGCGAGAUAUAGUGAUUUAGAGAUGUUCCAGUGCAAUUAUGUUGUAAAAGGCUGUUGGAUGCUGUGAGUGGCACAUUGCAGUGUUUGUCAAACAGCCUGGGUGCCAAUUGAGAUAUCCCAAUAUUGUUGGGUGUUUUUGUAACCUCAUCUAUAUAGUCAAACAGUCUGGGUGCCAAUUGAGAUAUCCCAAUAUCAUUGGGUGUUUUUGUUACCUCAUCUAUAUACCUUCUGAACAUGAAACUCAUGAUAUGUCUGUUCUUAUACUGCUCCCAGUGACAGACUCAAGACUCAUGCUGAGCUUUGCUAUCUCCUGCAUGGGUUUACCAGGCAGGUCAACAUAGAUUUGUUCCUAAAUUUAGGUUUCCUUGCCACCAGAUGCCAUCCAGUUAAGGCUGUACAACCUUUGACCAAUUAUGAUCAGUGAGGUAUCUGGUAAGGUAAAGUUUAACAAGCCUCAGUGCUCCAGGGCUCAUGCUGCAUAAAAGUGGUCAGAUUUGUGCUAGUUCAGCAGUGCUUAUUGGAUUGUUUAUUAGAAGUAUAGCUCUAUGUAAGGAAGAAGCAUGAUAACAGUAUGAACAGAGAUGCAGUGAUAUAAGAUAUUAAUAGAUAAGAUAAGAUAUUGAUAAGAUAGCUCACAGGCAUGCUGCAAAUUUUGAUGUUGUGACUCUGCCAACAAAAAAGUAAAUGGCAAACAAUGCUAAAGCUCUUAAGCAUGCUGUCAAGUGUAAUUCAGAUAUGCAGUCCAUGGCUAUCCAACCUGUUUCAAGAAUGCAUGUCCCAUGAACUAUUUUUAGUGUUAUCUAAGUCAAGUAGCACACAGGCUAGUGUGGGGUGCAAAGCAAACACUGGUAUGACCUUAACAUUGUGUAGAGUGGUGUAGAUUGAGUAGAUUGAGCUCAUAAAUUCCUCAAUGAAUUGGUGGUGGUUCAUGAAUAUUGAGCUUAUUUUCAAUACUUCAAUAUGUUGCAGGUGAGCAGUCCAUGGAACUUUGUGCUCCAUAUCAGCAAUGAAUACCCUGAAAUGGGUUCAGAAGACUUACCUGAGGUUCCCCUUGGACCCUGUCAAAAAUAACUACCUUAGGCCCAAUGUGAAGGGUGUCAUAUUCUCUGAAGUAUCACCAACACCUCUAAGCAAUGCAAAGCUGGCUUGCUUUUCUAAAGAUGUACUAGAGAAUGUUCUGGAGCUUGAUGCUUCUGUGGUGAAUCAAGAUGAAUUUAUUGAUGUCAUAUCUGGAAACAAGGUGGUCCCCGGAUCCACGUCACUGGCACACAGAUAUGGUGGACACCAGUUUGGAAGCUGGGCUGGUCAGUUGGGGGAUGGAAGAGCUCAUCUCAUUGGAGAAUACACAAAUAGAGCUGGCCAUAGGUGGGAGCUCCAGCUCAAAGGCUCUGGCAAGUCGCCGUACUCGAGGUUCGCUGACGGCCGCGCUGUAGUACGCUCCUCAGUCAGAGAGUUCCUCUGCUCUGAGGCAAUGCAUCACUUAGGAGUGCCGACCUCUCGCGCCGGCACGCUGGUGGUGAGCGACGAGCAGCUGCUGCGCGACCAGUUCUACGACGGCCGGCCGCGGCGCGAGCCGGCCGCCGUCCUGCUGCGCCUCGCGCCCUGCUGGUUCCGCUUCGGCUCGCUGCAGAUGCUGGCCGCCGACGGCGCGGGGCCGCCGCUGCGCCUGCUUGCCGACUUCGUGGCUGAGCACUACUACCCGGCGGCGGCGACCGAGCCGGCCGACGGCGCGCGCUACGCCACCCUGGCGCGCGAGAUCGGCCGGCGCACGGCGCGCACUGUGGCCGCGUGGGCGAGCGUCGGCUUCACGCACGGCGUGAUGAACACGGAUAACAUGAGCGUGCUCGGGCUGACCAUCGACUACGGCCCGUUCGGCUUCCUCGACCGCUACGACCCGCAGUUUGUGGCCAACUCGUCCGACUCGGGUGGCGCGUACCGGUUCGCGCACCAGGCGCGCGUGGGCCAGUGGAACCUGUGUCGCCUGUGGGAGGCGCUCAUGCCGAUCAUGCCCGAGCGCGAGCAUGGCGAGAUCGAGUCGGCGCUCGAGGUGUACGUGGAGGCCUACGAGGAGCGGCGGCGGGAGCUGCUGUCGCGCAAGCUGGGCCUGCAGCCGUCGGCGGCGGCCACCGCACUCUGCGACCAGCUGCUGGAGCUGAUGGCGGCCGCCGGCGCCGACUUCACCAUGACGUUCCGCCAGCUGGGCGACGUGACGCGCAUGCAGUACACCUACAAGGACUUCUUGGUGAUGUUGCUGUCGAUCGGCAGUUUCCUGGUAGACACGGGCACGGACAUCUGGCUGGCCGUGCACUUCUACCGGAAUGAGCGGCUCUACGAGUUCGUGCUGACGCUGGUCUUCAUUCUGGCGCCAGCAUUCACCAUGACGGGCUUCAGCCUCCGGUGGUACCUGAACGACGCGGACCAGGGCCCGGACGAGGCGGACGCCGAGACGCGCCCCUGCCGCCCCACCGUGCCCAUGUGGAAGUGGGUCCUGCGCAUCGUCUGCCUCACCCUGCAGUUGGGGCCGCUGCUCAGAUACGUGGAGGCCAUGGUGUACGGCCUCCGCAGCCGGCGCGCGCAGAAGAACGGCGACCAGCAGGCGCACAUCAAGAACUAUAUCUACAUGAUCUACAAGGACGCCGACGCCACACUGCUGCGGCUGUUCGAGUCGUUCAUGGAGUCGGCGCCACAGCUGGUGCUGCAGCUGUACAUCCUGGCCAGCGAGCAUAACCGUUUCGAGCCCACCGAGCCCAUCUCCACGACUCUGCAGGUGGUGGCCGUGGGCACCAGCCUGUUCUCGCUGGCCUGGUCGCUGUGCAGUUACCAGCGCUCUCUGCGCUACAGCCUGCCGGCCAAGAACAACCUGUCCACGCCCGCCACGGUCGUGCUCUUCUUCUGGCACCUGUGCAGCGUCGGCUCUCGCGUGCUGGCCAUCAGUCUGUGCGCCUCCCUCUUCCCUGUGUACGUGGCCAUCGGCUUGCUGGUGCACUGGGUGCUCAUGACGUGCUGGCUGAUCUACCAGAAGACCGAGGCCUGCUACACGCGCUGUGAGGAGCUCCUCUUCGUCAUUGUGCUCGGCGCCGUCUACAUCUUCACCUUCUUCAACGUCAAGGACCAGACGACGCGGCUCAAGUACACGAUGUACUACGUGCUGUGCUUCGCCGAGAACACCGCCAUGAUCGUGCUGUGGUACCUGCACGCCGACCGGACGCUCUGGUGGUACCACCCGGGCCUGGCGGCGCAGGUGAGCCUGUUCUCGCUCGCCGUGCUGUUCAUGGUGAUGUACUACUGGCGGCUGCACCCGAGCCACGGGCCCGAGCCAUCCGGCAUCUGCGUGACGGGCCAGGUGUGCCGCGACGCCACGCUGGCGGACCGCUUCGGUGUGCACCUGGAGGAGUGGGCGGGCAACCGCAGCCGCGACGCCACGCCCCCCGUCGAGCGGAAGGACGCCGAGGGGCUGCCGGCGUGA